AAACGAAAUGACACCUUCAAAACAUAAACGUGAAGAAAUCGUGAAUCAUGAAACCAUAACAAAAAUAAGUAGAAAUUAUUAAUUUACCAAUAAUUGAAUAAAUAAUUAACAUAAGUGCAGUAGAGUAAUAGAUUUCUUUUAUUUUGAAUUAUCAAUAUCGUUCUUAGGACUAGAUAUGAGUUCAUACGAAAUCAGUAAAUCAUCCCUAAUAAGUUUGAAAGCAGAAAUCCUACGCAAACAAGAAGAGUUGGGCAAAGCAAAGCAAGCAAAUUCUGAAAAAAUAAAAGUUAUAAAGAAAAAAGCAUUGGAGUUGAAAAACAAAGGAGUAGAUGAUAGAAAAUUGAAUGAUUUAAAUGAAGAGGAACAGGAUCUUUUAAAGUUGUCCAGGUCAAAACUAGAAGCCAAAUCUAAACUUUAUGAUAAGUUGUCUGCUAAUGCUAACCCAGAACAGAAUGAAGAAAUAAAUAGAAAAUAUUUAGUAAGGUUUGACAAAAAACAAGGAGGAAGUUCUUUCCAAAGUACAAAUGAAGAGUUUCCAGAAGAAAGUGAAGAUGAAGAAAAACAUAAUUCCGAUUACUAUGAUGAUGAUGUUGAUCCUUCGAAUGAAUGGGUUGAAUAUACAGAUUGUCUAGGUCGUUCAAGAAAAUGUUUGAGGAAAGACUUGGAAAAUAUAAAAGCAAAAGAUGCUGAUUUGAAAUUAAUAAUAGACAAGCCACAGCAACCAGUCGUUAAUACUGAGGAAACUAACAGUGAUAAGGAUAAAGAAAAUGAAAAUAAUGAGAAAGAAAAAGAAGAACAAGUUGAUGCAAAUAUUGAAGUUGAACCUGAAAUGAUAUCAGCAGAUAUGGAAAGAGAAAAAUUGAGAAGACAAUGGGAACAAGAAGAGGAAGAACUAAGAGAUAAAACUAACAUACAUUAUCAAAAUGUUUUGUUCAAUGAGGCGAGACUGCAUGGUACAGGUUACUAUGCAUUUUCCAAGGAUGAAGAGGAAAGAGCCAAACAACAAGAUGCUCUGAGAAAAUUAAGAGCUGAAACAGAACAGCAGCAGAAGAAAGCACAGGAUUUAAAGGCACAGAGAGAAAAACAGAUGGCAGCAAGAAUGAAGGCUGCACGUAAUAGAAGAAGGGCGCGAUUGGGUUUACCACCAGAGGAAGAUGAACCAGAACCGACUCCAGAAUCUACCCCAGACACAGAAGAAGAUAAGAGAAAAUCUGAAGAAAAGUCCAAAGAAGGAGAAAAACUAUUGGCAGAGGCUAGAAAACGUCACGUUCGGCCAUGGGACAUCGGAAAAGAGGGUGUCAAUGAAUUCUACCAAAUGAAUCAAGACGAAUGGAACGAGAAAAAACGCAAAGAAAGACAUUCGGAAUUUGCUCCCCCUAUGACUUACAAUAAAAGUAGAGAAUUUAGCAGUAUGAAGAAAAUAGAAUGCGAUAUUGAUAGUAGCGAUAAAUCAUUAAAAUUUUCUUCUAUCACUCCAAGAAAUGCCAAAAACAGACAUCAAAAACUGAAAAAUAUAAAUCCAUAUAAACAGUCACACAAGACUACAAAUUCUGAAGCUAGUGAUGAUGAGGAUAAUGACGAAUUAUUGAAGGAUUAUAUGAAGUCACAACCAUCAGGAAGCAACAAUAAAACUUAUUCUACAUGUCAAAAUACUUCUUAUGAUCCAGAAUAUCCAACAGAACAAAAUGAUGAUGUUAUUUUCAGUCACAAUAAGAUCUCAGCCAGUGGAAGUAGUGCUAUGAAUCCUACACCAAUAUUUAAUGAAGUUGAAGAGCCUGAUUAUAAUGAUGCACUUUUAGCUGAUUAUCACAAAAUAAUGCCGGAUAAUGAUGAACAGCCAGAAAGAAAAAGGACCGAAAUUGCUCCACCGCCCACUUAUGAUUAUUACGGAGCCUCUGACAGCAAGAAACCCAAAUAUGCUUCAGGGAAAGUUAAUCUAGCAGAUUCUAUUGAAGCAGGCUUGAAAUUUUUGAGGAAACAAGCUGAGAGAAAAUCUAGUCGGCGUGCAGAUGAUUUCGAAAUUAUGUAACAAGAUUACUGUGAUGAAUAUAUUCGGUUUUCUUUUCACA